UAGCGAACAAGCUCUUCGAGCACUGCCGACAUGCAGUGACAAAACUCAGUGAGUCAGCUUUAUUAGUGGUGACAAACGGCCAGGGAAUAUGGUUAACGCUUUUGUUUUGUUCUGUUUGUGCUCGUGUCGUAUGGUUGAUGUGACCGAUGCAGUGAAGAGAAUAUCAGUGAUGAUGGGAGAUUCUGUCACUCUAAACACUGAUGUUUCUGAAGCACAGACAUAUUUGUUAAUACAGUGGAUGUUUGGAAGCACAAGAAUAGCUGAAUUUAACAGACUCACGCAAGCAAUCUCAAUCUAUGAUGGUGCUGCUGGGAGAUUUAGAGACCGACUGAAGCUAGAUCAGACUGGAUCUCUGACCAUCACAAACACCAGCACCACAGACUCUGGACUUUAUCAUCUCACAGUUGUCGGUGAAGAGACAAAAUAUGAAAGUUUUUAUGUUACAGUCUAUCAUGUGACCGAUGCAAUGAAGAGAAUAUCAGUGAUGAUGGGAGAUUCUGUCACUCUAAACACUGAUGUUUCUGAAGCACAGACAUAUUUGUUAAUACAGUGGAUGUUUGGAAGCACAAGAAUAGCUGAAUUUAACAGACUCACGCAAGCAAUCUCAAUCUAUGAUGGUGCUGCUGGGAGAUUUAGAGACCGACUGAAGCUGAAUCAGACUGGAUCUCUGACCAUCACAAACACCAGAACCACAGACUCUGGACUUUAUCAUCUCACAGUUGUCGGCGAAGAGACAAAAUAUGAACGUUUUAAUGUAACAGUCUAUCAAUAUCCACAGAGUACUUCAUCACCGGAAAGUUUGUCAAGCUCAAAUUGUGUGACGCCCAGCUUUGUGGUGAACGAUUCAACCGUCAAUCAAACUGAGAACAACAACAAAACUGAACACUAUCAGCCAAGUUCAGACAAUAUGGACUGUUGUGGUUUCAAUGAAGCUGUAAUCCGAUUGGCUCUCUCUGCUCUUGUGGGCGUGGCUACAGUUGUUGUGCUGGUUUAUGACAUCAGAUCCAGAAGACAUGAACUGGUCAGAACAGAAGAGACUGAAUAUUACCAUCUGACUCUCAGAACAACUGAAUUCUGAAUUGUGCAGAAAGUUGAUUUCCAGAUAUGUCCAGAUAUAAUGCAAAACAUCCGUUGAUGCUCUGCACCUUCCCUGUUCCUUGCACAGCUAUUUAUUAACACAUCUUUUUUUGCAUUCAUUGAUUUAUCUAAUUAAUGUCAUUUUUGACUCUGAACAUAAUUGCUCUAAACAAAAUAAUAAUUAGCAACAGAAAUGAUGGCAUGGAAUGAUUUCAUAAGCUCUCAGUUAUUUUCUAUCCUUGAAAUGAAUCUUACAGAUGCAGUUUGUGUACAUUUUUAGUUAACUUAUUUAAUCAAGAUUUUGUUUUACAAUAGCAUGGGGCUUGUUUUUGUUAUAUUUUUUCUACUGUACGUUUAUA